AUCGAUAGUACGUGAAAGAAGUCUUAAAAUAAUUAUUUUUUAUAAUAUUGUUUAGUACAAGUGAUAACGUGUGAUAACAGUUUAGAAGAUUAUGCUGAGUGAUGGAGCAUAAUUGUUUGUGCAAGUAAUUUUCCUCUGAUAGAAAAUGGAUUCUUUCUUUUUCUUUCUCGAGUACAAGCGAAAAAAUGAAUUUAGAAACAAUUUUGAAGAGAUCUUAUAUGUGAAAAUUACUUGAUGAAUACAAAGUCAUCGAAGGAAGAUGUAUAAGAAAUUGCUGUGAAUGUGUUACGAAAAAGGAGAAAAGAAAAAUAAUAUGAACUGGAAAGAAUCAUAGAUUAAAAGGGAAAAGCAAAGGAGAUACUAAAGUGAUUCCUUGCCGGAGAGUUCACAAAAUCGAGUGUGAAAAAAAUAUACAUAAAAAGAAAUUAAUCAAAAGAAAGUGAAAAGAAAAGAAAAAGGCAGCGAAUAAGUGUUUAAAUAAUUUAUGGUCUCGUCAAAUACUCUCACAAAUAUUAAGAUGACUAACGCAAUCAAAGGGCUUGUAAGCAAAAAGAAGAAAAGAUAUAAAGAAGAUGGAUUCAACUUAGAUUUGUCCUAUAUUUGCGAUAAUAUAAUUGCUAUGGGAUUUCCGGCAAAGAAUUUGGAAGGUGUUUACAGAAAUCAUAUUGACGAUGUUAUAAAUUUUUUGACAAAGAAGCAUAACAACAAUUACAAAAUCUAUAACUUAUGUGAGGAAAAGAAGUAUCAAUAUGAUUUUAAUAAGUUUCAGCAAUGUGCAUCAUUUCCAUUCUACGAUCAUAAUCCACCAAAUAUCGAACUUAUAACAUCAUUCUGCAACGACGUUCAUAAAUGGUUAUGUGAAAAUGAAAAAAAUGUAGCAGCGAUACAUUGUAAGGCGGGCAAAGGCAGGACUGGCACAAUGAUAUGUUGUUAUCUACUGCAUUGUGGACAGUUUGAAACUGCUGCUGAUGCUUUAAGCUUUUAUGGACAAAAGCGGACAACUGAUAAGAAAGGAGUGACAAUACCAUCCCAACGAAGAUACGUAGAAUAUUACUCGUCGCUGUUAAGGUUAAACAAGCCAUACACUAAAGUAGCAAUGAACAUUUGCGAAAUAAAACUGUACAAUCUUCCGUCGAUUCGAACAUUUGGAACGCUGACUUAUUCGAUCAUUGCUUCAGGUUCAAAGAUUCAUUCGGACCAAUUAACAGAUUUAAAACGAAUUGACAAUUAUGUGUCAAUAAAGCUUGAUCGUUGCAUGUUGCUGGUGGGCGAUAUAAAGAUCGAAUUUUCCUGUACUCAAAUUAUGAAGCACAAACAAAAACUCUUCCAUUACUGGUUUAACACAUUUUUCGUGAACGAAAUACCAAAUUCUGAUGCUGAUGGUAAUGUGAUAUUUGAACUUGGCAAAUUGGAAAUUGAUGAUGCGCACAAAGACAAACAGAAAAUGUUCAGUGAAAAUUUUAAGAUCGAAACAAUUUUCCAACGUAUUCCACAAGGAAUUAAUCACAUAAAUCGACUUCAACAACAUCACAAUUCAAAUGGCAUGCAUAACAACGUUCAUCCGCGUGAUUCAAGCUUUAGACUUAGCAAUUACAUCAACAAUAAUGCUUCGAGUAAUAUUAACAACAACAUAAAUCAGCAAACUUCGAAUCAUCAUCAUAAUGUGGCAGAGCCACAAUUGCAACAAUCACAAAGUUCUGAUUGUGCUUUACUGAGGAGUAAUAAUUCAUCUGUUCAACGAUAUCAAUCAAGCGAUAACGAUAAUGCACAAAGACGAAGUGAAAAUUAUCAAACAACAUCAGAGGGAUCGACAAGUCCUGAGUCAUCUUCAGAGUCUUCUACAGAAGAAUGGGAAAGUGCAUUUAAAGCUGAAGAUGAUGAUGAUCUUUUCUCAAACGGACCACAAAUUCAACUUAUAUCCUCAAAUAAAACAGCAACCAAAAACCAACAAAGAGCUGAUAGAAGUACAGCGAUAGCUGAUAAUUCUGAAGGCUUCUCUUCUGACAAUUUCUCACAACAAAAACGACGUUCGAUUUACGAUAACGCAUUAGAAGAUGAUAAUGAUUCUGAAAUGGCUUCAUUGGAUGGUGUGAGUGAUCAUGAAGAUAAUGAGAACAGUAUAAAUAGCUUGCAAAAUGCUAGUAGUAACAACUUUGCCCGCACGUUUUUCAAUAACACAAGAAGACGUAUGUCGAGUGGUUUAGUGAUGUCUUAUCAUUUUUUAAAGGGCGGGAGUGGCAAACGAAGAGACUCCACUUAAAAAAUUUCUUUGAAUGCUUUUUUUUCUUUAAAUAAUUUAAAUUACUUUUUUCCCUUCGUUUAUUUAAUUAGAUAUCUAACACAACCAAAAUCUUUUGUUUUUAAAUGGUUAUUCAGAGUUUAAAAUUUUCUCGUAAUUUUAAUACAAAAAAAAUUAAUUUCUUUCACAUUUAUGUUCAAAAAAACACAAAAAAAAACAAGAACGAAUUAUUGGUAGAUAACAAAACACAAGAGAAAUGAAAAUAUUUGUUUGAAACUUUUUGUAGGCUGUGACUAAAAAUAUUUAUUAAGAUUUAAUUUUUUUUUUGUUUCUGAUAGAUUUUUAGUGUAAAAUUAAUUAUUAUUUCAUGUUUUACAAGAGGAACGCUUACAUAAGUUUGUCUUUAAAAAGAAGAGGAAGAAAAUUUAUAUUUUACAUAAAAUUUACGUUCGUUAAAUCAAAUAUUGGAUGGAAAAUAUUCUUAUAUAGAUAUGUUAACAAUGAAAAUUUCUAGAUAUUGGUAUUGAUAUGUAUGUUGAAGUUCUCACAAAAAUUUAUAAAAACUUCUUCUUUGUUUUGCUUGAAAAACCUGUUUGAUUCGGCGUUGUUUUUAUG